AUGAAAAUUGUGUUGUUUUCGGUUUUACUAAUCUCUUCCCAUUCAGUACUGUGCCAAGAUGAAGACGGUCCUUACAGAGGAAACUAUCUAGGAAAACUAAAUUCCUACCAUCAUCAAGUGUCCGGCGACAUUUACGCGGUAAACGAUUGGACAUUGCUAGUGACAUCUUUCAACUACGAUGGAAAUGGCGCAGACACGUUUUUCUGGGCUGGGGCUGCAAACAGGCCUGGACCGCAGGGUUUUAUAGUGCCCGACAAACACGGCAAGACAAAUGUUUUGGAGAGGUACUUCAACCAAGACUUCACCUUAGUCCUUCCUGAUAAAAAAACAAUCAACGAUAUCAAAUGGUUUGCUAUCUAUGAUAUUUGGAGCCAAAACACUUUUGGGGACAUCUAUAUUCCAGAAGGUUUUGAACCUCCCACUAUCCAAAAAAUAUCCUCAUUAAUAGGAAAAGUGAAUGGUAUAACAACUGAAUCAGUCGAAAUAUUGGAUGCGAAAAGGAUAAGACUGAACCAAUUUACGUACGACGGAAAAGCAAAAGGAGCUUAUUUUUGGGUCGGUGUUGGAGCCCAAGCAGUUGCUAAAGGAUAUAAGGUCCCCGACGAAUAUGGAUACUUGGAUCCAUUGAGAGCAUACAAGAACCUAACAAUAACAUUGGAACUGCCAGGAGACAAAACGGUUUUCGAUAUUGACUGGUUCAGUAUAUUUGAUCAUGAUACCAAACAAAAUUUAGCUUCAAUCAUCAUACCGGAAGCUCUAAAUGUGCCGCCAUCAUUAGUGAAGAUAAUUCCUCACAAAAAUGAACUUCCAAACUGUCUGCAACUCCACAAGGACUUUCAAGUAUCCUGGGAGAUUUUCGGACCUCAAAUCACCUAUCAACUAGCGGGACAAGUAGCAGAAAACGAAUAUAUGUCUUUCGGCACGUCUGGAUCAGAUCAGGGUAGUCAAAUGAUCGGAGCUGACGUUGCAGUAGCAUACAUUGAUGGGUACAGAGGAUUCGCAACAGACUAUAAUAUUACUGCCCUUACUCCGUGUGUGAAAGUUUUGGGGCAAUACAAAGGAGUUUGCAAAGACGAUGUAUUGGGAGGACUAGACAACAACCAAUUGAAUUCAGCAGUCAGAGAAAAUGGUAUAAAUAUUAUAACAUGGAGGAGAACACUGAUUUCUCCUGAUCCGGGAGAUAAAGAAAUUCCAGCAGAAGGAAGUAUUUUUGUUGUUUGGGGUGUUGGAAAACUAGACAAAACAAACGAACCAGCAUUUCAUGAUCUCUAUCCCAAGACUGAUGUUAAAAUAGAGUUAAACCCCAAAGAGCCACAGAAUAACUGUUACUCUUUCACAAGAUCGAAAACUGAACCCACUGAGCCAUGGAAAAAGGGACAGAUUUUCGAUAAAAGUAUAAGGAUUUUCAACGCUUAUAUUGGACCAUCAGGAGCAAAAAAGGGUUACCAAGCUAUAACUGGCCACGCCUCCACCGCCCUCUCCUGGUACGUCAACGGCCUGCUGGCGCCCGAGAUCUGGCUGCGGCGCGGCCUCUCCUACGCGUUCCGGGUGCGCGGCGGCAACGACCCCCACAGCCCCGAGCACUACCACCCAUUGGUCCUCACCGACGAGCCCUACGGCGGGUUCGAUAAGCUGUCCGAUGCCGCGCAGGCCAAGGUCAGGGUGCUGGCCGGGGUGGAGUACUCGAGGAGGGGCCGGCCGAGGCCCACUGCUGCGGGACCCCUUUGCCUCGCAAAACAUAAAGAAGGCCUCGACAGAAGACUGGACGAUGAUUUCGACUCCUUCAAGAAAUUCAACCGCUCCCUCACCUACCACUGCGAAUCAGGAGAUCCUGGGGUGCUUGAGUUCACCCCAAAUUCUUCAUGGCCAGAUAUCAUUUAUUAUAGUUCAUUCACUCAGGCCAAUAUGGGUUGGAGAAUUCGUGUAGUCGACAGCUUCAAUCAGAGAUCAAGUGGUGUGAACAUGAGGUUGAAUGGAUAUUUAAUCAUUUUUGUUAUUUUGUUUGAAUUGUUGAGUUGA